ACGUUUUCUGCGUUCUCGAUCGCGGCGCGGCGUGCGAAGUGCGAGUCCUCUCUCCCUCCCCCUCCUGCCCGGAGUCCCCGGUCCCCGCGGCCUGGUGCCUGGUUGCGUCGCGUGAAGUUGUCGCGGGGAGCGAGUCAGCGAGCGGCGUAAACCGGGGCGGAUUCGCCGAUUUGGGACGCUGAUCAUGUAGCUUGCCGCGAGUCUUGGCAGGCGCUACCGUGGCUCUCUCAACGUAGGAACGCACUAUCUAACUGGCUCGCACUAGCAACAAUUAUAACAAACGAGCCCGUUCGCGUUCCAUGACUUCCCCACUCGAUCACACGUUAACAGAAGAUGACAGUAUUAGAAACGGAGGAAGACGCAGAUAAACGCUCCGUUCCUCCUAGAAAGAAGUUCUGCCUGUCCCUGUCAGGUCGCGGACGUGCAAUCCCCAUCGUCGUCCCGCAGCCCCCUCCUACAUCCACGAGAGGGGGCCUUCUGGAUAGAACAGAUCUUUCGUUUAGUACAAGCAAAAUGUUGAAUGGCUAUCGAAAUCAGCUGAGCAAUCACCAGGAUGGAAGCCACGACAUGUCUGGUACCAGUACGGAAGGAUUAAAGAUAGCUACCUUAUGCAAUCUAGGAAAUACUUGCUUCCUCAAUAGUGUAUUAUAUACUUUAAGAAUCGCGCCUUCCUUUCUGCACAAUUUACAUCAUUUAGCCACCGAUUUGUCAAACCUAAACGACAAACAACUUCAGACAAAAGCCAAAUCUUCUUCAUUAGGUAGAACCGGAGUAUCGCUAACAUCGAGCAGUAGUCGUAGCUGGAGCAGUAAAGAUCUGCUGGCGCUAGCUGGAUCAACAGUAGAAGCCAAUAAACCACGUAUUCAAAUAGCUACUGAGAGAUUACACGAGCUCUUUAUGGCAUUGCGAGCAUCGGAGGUGAGAGAGAACAGCGAACCGUACCAACCGGAUGCUUUUUUACAAGCUCUUAGAGAAGUAAAUCCGAUAUUUGAGGGAAAUCAGCAGCAGGAUGCACAUGAACUUCUGGUAUGCUUGCUCGACAACAUCAGGGAGACUUUCCAAUUGUUGGUCAGAUACAGAGAGAGCCAAUUCGGUCAGAGCAAUGGCAGUUAUCCUGAAUUUACCACAAACCAUGCCGUGACAGAGACACAAUCGGAGAGCGCUUCUACGAAGAGGAGCCUCCGUAAGUCCAGAAAGAAGAAGAAAAUUACGAGCAGGGGGAGUUCGGUAUCUCUCGCGCAGCCAAACGCAAAUGGCGUCGUAGGAUCCACGAGACCAUAUGAGAACGGUCACGCUGAGUUCGCAGAGAGUAACGGCGAGAUAGGGAUGCGCAAGCCGGAGAGCAAGAAGUGUUUUAUCUCGGAGGAUUUUGAGGGUGUCAGCCUAUUGCGCACAACGUGUCUCGAGUGCGAACACGUGACGGAACGGAAGGAGACCUUCUGCGAUAUAUGCGUACCCAUUGACAUUGAUCGUUCAAACGAGAAAGAUGAUGAUGGUGAAUUGGUGGAUAGCAGUGAGGUAUACAAACGCGCUGUAGUGACUAGUGAACUGCUUUGGGGUAGGGAUAAAUACUGGUGUGCACGGUGCCUACGAUAUAAUGAGGCUCGCAGAGCCGUAUGUUUCCCCUCUUUACCCAGACUCCUUAUCUUGCAGUUGAAGAGAUUUUCUACUGCCGCUGGUUCGAUGGAGAAAAUCAAUAAUCAUAUGCCAACGCCGUUUACCUUGCAAUGCUUCUGCGAGGAGUGCAGUAACGAUGAGACCCAUGGGACGACAGCUGGUGGCAGUACGGAGACGCGGCAUGUGUACAAAUUAUACUCGGUCAUAAUGCACCAAGGUGCAACGAUGACCGCCGGGCAUUACGUCGCUUACACACGUUUACCCGACGAAUCUGCAUACGCGGAAUAUUCCCAAUGCGAUCGCGACAAUAAGCGGCAGAACUCGAGCCAGGCGGGCGCCGCGAACGCAAACUCGUCAUCGUCGUCUUCCUCCUCUGACAAAGCGACAGGCCUCCUCAAGUACUUCAGGAGCAAGCCUAGCGCGAGCGAGAACAAGGAGCAGCUAGUGAAUAGGGUCGGCUGUCGUAGCAUGGAUUGUUGCGGCAUCAGGCGAAAUAAACAGGGCGUCACUUGGCUGGAGUGCGACGACGAGGCGGUGCACGUGAUCCCGCUGCGAGAACUCGAGGACAAAUUGGCACCAAAUGCGCGGAAUUCCGCCACCCCCUAUCUCCUGUUCUAUGUGAGGUCGACGACGUAAGCUGCCGUUUCUCGUCUCCUCGCGUCGGAAGUUCAGUAUCAAAAUGUCUUCGUUUGGAAUUCUCCGAGCGAAGCAGCAGCGAGCAUACGAUGACAAAAAUGGGCCUCGUUCUUCCCACAUUGCUCUCUUCCUCACCCUCUAUUCUCCAACGAUCGUGCUGUGAUGUAUCGCACAUUCCAAAUCACCCGAGUUCUCUUCUUCCUGUAUACGUACCGCAUCGGGCUUUAGAGACGCGAGCGUGUAUUAUUUUCGUAGGUAAUAAAACUACCGCCAAUCUUAUGUACCAUAUUAUGUACAUUAGAUUCCCGUCGAUCGGACGGUUAUACGUCGAGCUGACUUCUGUACAUGUAACGAAAUACUACCUUCGAGCUCGACGUAACGAAUUCACGGAGCGAACAUCGCAAUUCCGCGCGUAGACGACUUAGCCUUAGUUGGGACGUGGAACGUUUUAUUAUUGAGUUAUCUGUAAAAUAAUAAAAAAAAAUUAUGUAUUCUUGA